AUGUUCUGGCUAGCACGUAGUAGCAGGACCCUGUACCGGAGCGCCGCCGUUCUACGGACUCGGCAGGGAGCAUUGUCGUCUACUACGCCGACUCCGGGAUGGAUCGUGAUGACGGCGUCACAGCGGCAGCAACACCAACGUCACUACAGUAGCGGUCCUAGAGCCACGUCGCCGUCUGCCGGGAAACACGAACACACGGCCGCAGAGGGCGGGUCAAACGCCCGCACCGACGACUCAAUCACGGUCGAGUACCCGGCCGCCGACAAGCUGCCGGCCUCGGAGACGGUGGCGGGCGCAGGCCGCGCCAGCGUCCACGUCUUCCCUACACUAGCUAGCUUCUCGCUGCAGGGCAAGGUCGGCGUCGUCACGGGCGGUGCGAGGGGCCUUGGCUUGGUUAUGGGCCAGGGCAUGGUCAUUAGCGGCGCGGACUUGGCUAUUGUUGAUUUGAACAAGGACGAGGCGGCCAGGCAGGCAAAGUCCAUUGUUAGGAUGUUCAAGAAGGAACAUCCGGAGGCCAAAAAACUCCCCAAGGUCACCACACACUUCGCCGAUGUCUCGGACCCGGAGUCUGUCGAGGCUUGCAUCGCCGAGAUCAUCGCCGAGCACGGCAAGAUCGACAACCUGGUGACCUCAGCCGGCUUCACUGAGAACUUUGAGGCUAUUGCCUACCCCAUUGACCGCAUGCGGAAGCUCUGGGGAGUCAACGUUGAUGGAACCUACUUGUUUGCUACAGCCGUGGCGCGCCACUUGAUGGACCGCAAGUCCAAGGCCAGCAUUUUCAUUGGGAGCAUGAGCGGCGCCAUCGUCAACGUCCCCCAGCCUCAAGCGCCCUACAAUGCGGCCAAGGCUGCCGUCCGACACUUGUGUGCCUCUCUGAGCGUCGAAUGGGCCAAAUCUGGGAUCCGCGUCAACUGCAUAUCUCCAGGCUACAUGCUCACUGCCCUGACACAAAAGAUCCUAGACGACAAUCCAGACCUAAAGCAGCAGUGGACGUCUCUUAUACCACAGGGACGCAUGGGCUCGCCCGAGGAUCUAAUGGGCCCGGUGACUUUCCUGCUCUCUGACGCGUCCAGCUAUGUCACAGGCGCUGAUCUUCGCGUCGACGGCGGCUACACCGUCACUUGA